UAGCAUCUGUCCAAUGUCCAUCUGCUUGUCCCUGUUUGAAGGCUUUGAUCGUUUCCAACCAAUUAGGGGGGUGAUUGGCCAUAGGAGCAGUUAAUUAGAUGUGCAUAAACGUCCUUUGAGGUUGGUGAACAGCUGGUUCUGCUGCACCUUUGUUUUUCAUUUGACACAAAUUGUUUCUCAGAAAACUGGUGCAUCGUCGUGUUCGCUGGAGUACUAAGCUUGGACAAGUUCGCACAUCAUGUUUGUUUCGUGCCUAGCGUUACCAAAAGUCCAAACACACAGCUAGCUAGCGUGACCUGCACACAACUUAACGCAGGCAGAUUCAAUUUUGGCUCCGAGAAAAACUCAUCAAAAAGUAAAACAUAAGAAAAGCCACACACAGAAAAGAUCAACGGACGGCCAUUUCUCCUCCAUCGCGCUGCGCAUUUGCAUCUUUCCACCUCCCGACCUCCGGCCAGCCAGUAGACUCGAUCAUAGAUAGCAUCAUGUCUCGGAAGCACCACGAGCUGGAGGGAGCAGGAGGCAGCGGCGUGGGCAGCGACGACGCCGCCAGCGGCAAGGCGGUGUGGGACACCGGGAGCUCCCUGUACGACUCGUACGAGCUGGCCGCCGUGCGCCGGCUCCUCGACAGGCGCCUCCUGGCGGCCGCCGGCGGCGGCGUCCUCGCUCUCCGCGACGACGGGCCACCACCAGCCGCGGGAGAUACGAGGAGCAAAGGCAAUAAGAGCAGGCAGGUCGUGCCGGUCAGCAGGGUCCACCACAGGAAGGUCACGCUGAGGGCGCUCUUCAGGGCGGUGGCCAACAAGGCCACCUGGGCGGCCCGGCCGAGGCGAGCGCCGCCGCUCGCCUGUGCCGCCUGCGCUGGCAUGGUCCAUGACCAGAGUUGUGGUGCCGCGGUCGAGCCGGAUCUGCCGCCCCACGGUCAACUUUGAUCAUCCCUGUUGUUUGAGUCCAUCUGUUCCUGCAUUGCGGCAACAUGUUUUUCAGUUUUUUUUUGUCGUCGAUGCUGUCCUGCUCAUGCGAUUGUUGGUCAUGGAGCAACCAUAUCUGCAUGAAGAGUAGUGAUCCUGGUCUGGCUCCA